AUGAAGAAGACACUGCUUCUUUGUUUUAUUCACGGCUUCAAGGGCGGCGAGGACACUUUUGGUGUCGACUACCAGUUUACCAAGGACCUGCGUGACUUGGUGAGAGAGGCUCUGCCAAAGAUCAAAGUUGAGUCGAUCGUCUAUCCCAAAUAUGAGACUCGUGGAGAUUUGGGAAACUGCGUGAGUCACUUUCGUGACUGGCUGCAGGACAGAGUCAUCGACAUGGAAGUGGCAGCUGGUACGCCUUCACCAACGAUAGAGCCCUCAGUGCGCACCAUUCUCAUCGGUCACUCUAUGGGUGGUAUCGUGGCAGCUGAGAUGCUUAUCGGCUUGGCCUCUGAGAAGCCCAUCUACACUGAAGACGGCAUUCAAAAAUCCGAGACACCCAGUUUCAACUCUCUCAUGUUUCCCUACAUCCAGGGUGUUCUCGCCUUUGAUACUCCUUACCUGGGCAUUUCGCCCGGCGUGGUAGCCCAUGGUGCUGAGGAUCAGUAUCAAACUGCUUCGCAAGCUAUAGGCGCCAUCUCGCAGUUGAGCGGACUCGGAGCAUCAUUCUGGGGUGCCACACAAGCUGCAUCGGCCACAACAACCCCAGCCCUCCCAAAGACGGCUGGAGCUUUACCGGCUCCCUCGGCGUCUGGUGGUAGCCAGUGGCAGAAAUGGGGCAAGAUGGCCAUGUACGCCGGUGCAGCUGGGGCUGUGGCCGCAGGAGGUGCAGCUGCAUGGAUGAACCGUGACCAGCUGGGCGAAGGAUGGUCCUGGGCGUCUUCACAUCUCGAGUUUGUGGGAUGUCUUGCCAGAGGAGAAGAGCUACGUAAGCGUGUGUCGUGUCUCCUCCAACUUCGAGAGGAGCUCGAUGUGGGUUUUGCAAAUAUGUACACUCGUCUCGGAAAGGCGGCGCCAGCGAAGGAGAUCAACCUUGUUGGGACGGUUCUGGGAAAAGAUCGGACGUUCUGCAAUCUUCCCAAGAAGCAGCCCGGGGGAGUGUGGAAGGAGGCCAUCAACGAUAAGGCGACAGACGAGGCCGGGGCACACAUGAACAUGUUUACUCCGAAAGAGAACCCGGGGUACAACAAGCUGGCCCAAGAUGCCACACAAUUCAUUCACGACUGGUUGCAGAACGACUGGUACCAGACAAGUGCUGAAGAACCAUUGCUUCUGAAGGAAGCACCGAAACCUGCUGAUAAUCCUCUACAUGAGGAAAACCCUUGGGCUGAUGAGAAGCCUUCUCCUGAAGAUGCAGGCGUUCGGGAUAUUCUUUAACAUGUUUCGUCUUUUUAAUAAAUAGUUUCCCUAGACUCUAU